AUGGAUUUUAAGAGCGUGGUGUACAACGCUGCGAGGGACGGCAAGCUCAAGCGUCUCAAGGUAUUCCUGGAGCAUCGAGGCAAGGAUGAGGUAGGACAACUAGUCGGUGCCAAGACCCAUGGCGCAACACCCUUAGUCAUGGCAUGUCGGAACGGACAUUACGAUGUGGCGGAAUAUCUCAUUGAAAAAUGUGGGGCAGACGUGGAGCAGCCUGGAUCAGUGGUCUUUGAGGGUGAAACAAUCGAGGGUGCACCACCCCUCUGGUGCGCGGCGGCCGCUGGCCACUUGUCCUUAGUAAAACUGCUUGUGAGACGAGGAGCCAAGGUGAAUUCAAUCACGAAGACGAAUUCUACGCCUCUUCGUGCUGCAUGUUUCGACGGACAUUACGAUAUCGUCAAAUUCUUAGUGCAACAUGGUGCAGAUAUAGAGAUGGCGAAUCGACACGGGCACACGUGCCUAAUGAUCGCCUGCUACCGGGGUCACGUUAAAAUAGCGAAGUUCCUACUCGCCCUGAAAGCAGAUGCGAAUCGCAAGUCCGUGAAGGGUAAUACAGCACUACACGACUGCGCCGAAAGUGGAUCCUUGGAGAUACUGAAGAUACUUGUCGAGCACGGGGCCCAGAUGGACGUAGACUCUUACGGGAUGACGCCACUUCUCGCGGCAGCAGUAACAGGUCACACGCAUAUCGUCGAAUAUCUCAUAGGCAUUCCCCAGCUGUUCAGCAGGAAAGAACGUAUCGACGCGUUGGAGUUGCUUGGAGCCACAUACGUGGAUAAAAAGAGAGAUAUGAUUGGCGCCCUGCAGUUCUGGAAAAGUGCCAUGAACGAGCGAUAUCGGGGAGAUGGACCAGUGAUAGCAAAACCUGAAUCUCCGCCGCUUGUAGCCGCUUACGAUUACGCCCGAGAGGUAAUUGAACCCGAAGCUUUGGACGAUUUGUUAGCAGACCCAGAUGAAAUGCGCAUGCAGGCACUGGUGAUUAGAGAACGAAUAUUAGGACCGGCUCAUCCAGACACUAGUUAUUAUAUUAGAUAUCGUGGAGCUGUUUAUGCGGACGCGGGUAAAUUCCGUCGCUGCAUCGAAUUGUGGAACUACGCUCUCGACAUGCAGCAAAGCAUGCUGGAACCACUAAAUCCUAUGACACAAAGCUCUCUAUUCAGUUUUACCGAACUCUUCAGCUUUAUGGUGGGUGAGGAAGGUAGACAGACGACAAGGGGUCGUAGAGUACCACCAGUAAAAAGGGAAGAUCUGAUGAGAGUUUUUGAAAAAGCCAUUAACGAAGUAGCGAAAGGAAAGCAAAUGCUGGACAAAAUGGGCGAUCUAACAUGCGAACGUGAUUUUACAUUCUUGAACAGAGUUCUUGUUAUUACUCUGCAUUUGGCGUGUCUAUUAACGCGCGAGACUGGAGAAAAGGAUAGCGAAGAAUACAAUGUCUUCCACAAAGAGCUUUACAAGUUAAUCCGAAUAAAUGCCAAAGGCAAACACGGCCGCGACGCGCUGCAUUUAGUUCAUAGCGAGGACGGUGCGCUGGUUGGCAGGUAUCCCACGUGCAAGUUUCCAUCUCCUCAUUUGACUAAAGCUCUGCUGAAAGUAGGUGCAAAUGUGGCUGCCAGGGAUAACGACGGCAACACGGCUUUGCAUCUUACCGCGCUAUUGCAGCCUUGGCGACCGAUUCUGUCGAUCGACCUGCUCAACGCCGGCGCGCAUCUCGACGCGAUAAACAACGACGGCAAGACGUUCCAGAUGCUAUUGCCUAAUAAAGAGCUUUACGAUUCGAUUUGUCCUCUAAAAUACACCACACUCGCCUGUUUGGCCGCGCGAGUGGUUAAAAAGACGCAGAACAUCAGCAGAGUGCCCGCACACCUUCGCACUUUCGUUGAGAUGCACUAGUAAUGCUGUAAUGAGACACCACCAGUGAAAUGCCAUGGUAAACACUUUAAUCGAAAAAAUGUGACGAAAUUGGAAAACAAUGGUGAUAAUUUGGGCGUUAUAUAACUUGAAUUCAUAAUUCAUUCAUUCUAGCAUUUCGAUAUUCACUUUAUUAUACAGAAUUUCAAAAUCGUUCUUAUUUCUGAAUUUUUUUUUAAUGAGGACGAUUUUGAGAUAUCUUGUAUAUAAUCCAAACUAGAACAGAGAUAAAAAGAUUGUCCCCGAGAAGCACAAGUCUUCUGACUGAUGAUAUAAUACGAAGCACACGUGAUCCCAAGAAGAUCUUUUGAUAGCUUCUCUCGUAAUAUACAUAAAACAUGUUUCGCAAUAAGAUUUUCGCAAACAAAGAAUACCUUUUUUCAUUUAGUUUUUCAUUCAACUUUCUUUUUAUGCUUCGUAAUUAAUUUACUAACAGAAAACUCCAAAUAUAUGCGUCUUUUAA